UGUUUGAUCUAAAGUGUUCUUCCAGUUUGGGCAAAGAAGAAGAAGAAGUGUCUCCGUCAGUCGGUCACUCGGUCUCCUCUCUGCUCUUCUAUGUCCGAAGCUCUCUUCGUGUCGUCUCCACUCUGCUCUUCUUUCUCUCAAGCUCUGUUCGUGUAGUCUCUGGCCAAGAAGAAGACGAAGCUCUGUUCGAAUUGUCCCCCCUCUGCGCCUAUUUGUAUCGUCGUUUUCUCGAAUAGCUCAAGUGUUAUCGAAUUUUGCCUUGUGAAUAACGGUGGAUCUGUCACUGGUUUCAAUUCUAGUAGGGAUCGGAGGGCGUGAUGGUGUCGAGAGAGCUGUUCGGUUGGUCCCCACCGCACAUACAGCCUCUCACUCCGGUGUCUGAGGUUUCGGAGCCGCCGGAGUCGCCGUCUCUGUAUAUUGAUCCCGGUGCCGAGACUUCGGCGUCGCAACAGGAUGAGGUGGAGGAGGAGAUCGAGGAGGCAGAGGAGGUUGAGCCGUCGCCAGCUGCUGUUCUUUUCUCCCGCCUCUUCGCUUGCGCCGAUCGUUUUGACUGGUUCCUUACUUCCUUAUGAUCCUCGGCUCCGUCGCUGCUGCAGCUCAUGGCACCGCUCUCGUCGUUUACUUGCAUUUCUUUGCCAAAAUCAUCCAGGUUCCUGGGCAAGAUGCCCAGUUUCACACGUUCAAGGAGGGGGCAUCAAAACCGCAAUUCAGGCUGGGUCAACAUUGGCAUUCACCUCUGCAUUUAUUGAUUUCAGAGGUCAGAGAAUAAAACAUGAUUCUCAUAAGGAGUAUCCUGCCUACAACUCUGCAUUGAUGAAAACUAUUAAGGGUGCAACAACUGGUUUAAUUUCUGGCACCCUCUGGGUACUGUUGUUGCCACCUGGAAUCAUGUUCCUCGUGUUGAGAGAAACGGUUGCUCUUCCAGGCCUCAUAAGAACUUUCAAGAUGAUGGGCAACUAUGCAUUGACCUUUGUUGCCAUAGGAGGAGUCUACAUUGGUGUUAAGCAGUUGGUGCAGAACGCUAGGAUGAAGAGGGAUCUUGUCAAUGGUGCUGUAGGUGUGCAACUGUUCUGGGUUACAAAGAACUCAAUGAUGCUUUGAUGGCUUUCCCCUAUAAUCUAAUUGAUGUGAUAGUGAAGUAUCAUAUAAGGAAAUCCAGUUCCUUUGUAUGUGAAUGUUGUGUGUGCGUGUGCCCCCACCAACAAAAUCCUCCUCCUCCUCCUCCUUUUCAAGUUGCUUGUGUGUAUUCGUGAGUUUUCAUAUUUGUUUCUUUAUGAUUUGUGUUUGGGUCCGAUGUGUUUUUAUUCAUAUCCUUAAUGUCAAUUCUGAAAUCACAGAAGCUUAAAGUGA